AUGUCGAGUCCUACAGCCUGGCCAUCUGGUGUGAGCGCCCCUCUCACUGCCGAGAAUAACAACAAUCAUAGCGCAUUGAUUGUUGUAAUCACGGCGUUCUCUUUAGUGCUGGUGGUGGCCGCUCUGGCAGCGCGUGUCUUCUCUUCAUAUAAAAGGCAUACCGUACAGCGCGAUGACUUCUUAUUUGGUAUGGCUGUGAUUCUCGCUUUCGCUCAAGUCUCGGUGGUUUUCACGCAGGUCCAUUAUGGCUGGGGGACUCGGACAGAGUUAACGGCGGCAGACACAGAUCGAAUGCUUAGGGCCGCUUAUGCCGCCGACAUUCUCUGCAUUGUUGUCCUAGGACUCUCCAAGAUCACCACCUCGAUGUUUUACGAGGCACUCUUCUCACAAGUCCGGCAUCUCGUGAUCCAAGCAGUACUCGGGGGAGCGGUCGUCUGGACAUUGGUGGCUAUCAUACUGCUAGCAGUGCGUUGUAGUCAUGAUCCAUGGAACGACAUCAGCGCGCAGUGCAAGGGGCUUCUUCCCCGGUGGCAAGCCAUCACCGCGAUGGACAUAAUCAUCGAGAUCCUGCUCUUCCUCUAUUCAGCGCUAGCAAUAUACAAGGUCCGGAUAUCCACCAAGAAGAAAUUCUUGGUCCUCUGCGCUUUGGGUUGUCGAAUUUUACUCGUACCCCUCGCAGCGAUCCGUCUCCACUAUACCCAAGCGCAAAUCGAGUCCGACGAUCCAGUCCUCCGAGGAGCCUUUGCCACGGUGACAACCGAGCUAUACCUUGCCAUGAGCCUCGUCUGCUUAGUAUCCGCCUUCCUCAAAUCUUUCAUGGCCGUCUACGUGGAUGGAAAUGGAUUCGCGUACACAGAGAGUGCUUCUGCGUCGGUCUCAAAGUCGAGGGUACAAGCCUCGGCGGACAGUGUUACUCGCAAGAUCCGUCGCCGGACAUCUGCCGGGGUCAAUCAGCUUAGUGGCUGGGAACUGAUGGAGGAUGCGUCCGCUAAGCAAUCGGACUUCAAUCAAGGAUGGAAGAUCAUGAAAACUGUGCAGCUUGACAUUCAAGACGAACCUAUGGAGCUUGAACCGGAGCCUAUACUCUAG